AGGCGGCGAAUCGCACGUCCGAGGCGGAGCGGAUGAAGCAGGUGCACCAAAACUACCGGAGCGGUUCCAUCACGUACCGCGACGCGAUGGCGGAGCUGACUCAGCUGGUCGGUCGGCCGGCGGUGGUGCAGGCGGCGAAGGCGAUGAUCUCGCAGGCGCAGCACGCGUGCACUUCUGCCGUUCCCGGAGGGGCAGGCAUGCACUACCCGCACAUGCAGGUGGCGUCGCAGCAGCAGAUGUACUACCCGUCGCAGCAGCAGCAGCAGCAGAUGUAUUAUCAGCAGCAGAUGUACUACCAGCAGCAGAUGUACUACCAGCAGCAGCAGCAGCAGCACCUGGCAGCCCUGCAGCAGCAACAACAGCAGCAACAACAGCAGCAACAACAGCAGCAACAACAGCAACUCCAGCAGCAGCAGCAGCAGCAACGACAGCGACAGCAGCCGCCACAACAGCUGCAACCGCCGCCGAUGCCGCAGCUGGUGUCACCCCUACAUGCGCCGUCGUCGCAGCUGCCCAAGGAGCAGCCGCCACACCUGCAACUGCCACAAUUGUCGCCGCAGCUUCAGCCGCAGCAGGCACAAGAGACGCCUCCCUCGUUCCCCUCCUGAACGAUUCGAGCGCGCGUCCGCGGUGUCUGAGACUGACACUGAGUGUUGUGGGCUCAGCAGUUGUAGAGAUUCUUCUUUUCCAUGGAUAAAAUU